GGUUGAGUCAAAAACCAGCCCGCGAUUAGUCCUCUUAAUAGCCCCGGUAACAAACGGGGUUCCCACGAUCACAAUUUACGCUUACCUUCCGCAUUUGGCCGCCCAGAUUCCCACCACUACAACCCAGCGCUAUCGCAAACUCUGGUAGCCAUCCUCAAGACACUCGACACCGGGCGGGACGACGACAAAAAUGGGCUCUACAAGACUCUACUCGAAGGGACGCAUCCUCGGCCACAAGCGUGCCAAGCGCAACACUCGCCCGAACACCUCGCUCGUCCAGAUUGAGGGCGUGGCUACCAAGGAGGAUGCUCAGUUCUACCUCGGAAAGCGCCUCGCAUACGUUUACCGGGCAAAGCGGGAGAUCCAGGGCUCAAAGGUGCGGGUAAUCUGGGGCCGUGUCACUCGGUCUCACGGCAACUCGGGUGUCGUAAAAGGGAAGUUCAGGUCGAACAUCCCGCCUCACGCUUUUGGGGCUAGCGUGCGCGUGAUGCUCUACCCGUCGACGAUUUAACUCUGUACCGCUCUCCUCGCAUCUCUGACAUCCCACUAUGUAUGUCGACAUACUGCAAUAUGACAUGUCCCAUGACCCGCAUGCCUCUCUACCUCUGGUUCGAGUGUGUCUUCGCAACAUUCGGGCCAACUGCUCGGGGCAAAGGCGAAGCAGUGUCAUACCAGCACUCGUGAAGCAUCAGUACAGUGCUCCAUUGCCAAUCGAUUUGAAUAGCUGUGUGCUUGGCAUGACUGCCCUAUGUGCGAUCAUAUCUGUCCACGUUUGUGUGCAUCUAAGGCUUGAGCACCCUGAAGCGAUACCACUGCAUGGCGAAUUAAUCUGAUAGGCCUGUUACAUAAUCCCCAGGUUGAGGUUGGCACACAGUAGUA